AUGGCGGGCCAUCAUGAAACGCCAUCCGACCCAGAGUCUUCUCGCUACUCCGAUAGUAAUGCCCCUCACCACGCACACCAAACACCACGGCCCCUAAUAGACCUAAUACCAACCGAUUGGAAGAACCUCGGCGACCACCAACACACCGACGACUCCGACGACGACCAAUUCUUCUGUGCAGAAAAGGCCUCCCCCUGGAAAGACUGGCAAAGCCCACGAAUGGCGCGCUGGCCCCAGAAACUCCUAGUUCCGCGGCGGGUCCAGCGGCACCUGAUCAUCUACCUCGUUAUACUCGUCACCGUGUGGGCGACCUGGAAAUGGUACCUGCGGCCAGCGUGGCAGGAGCGGGAAGCGAUGGAAAAGGCGCUCAGGCCGAAGGCUGUCAACAAGGGCAUGUUUGGCAGCAACCUACGGCCGGACUUUACGGACAUGGUCAUGGUCAAGAAAAUGGACAGUGACCUUCUACCUGGCGCUGGGGAAAGGCGGCGGCUGAUUUUUGUUGGGGAUGUCCACGGGUGCAAGGACGAGCUAGUUACAUUGUUGGCGAAGGUUGACUUCCAGCGGACGCGGGACCACCUUAUUCUCACUGGCGACAUUGUCGCCAAAGGUCCCGACUCCGCCGGCGUUGUCUCCCUCGCACGAGACCUAGGCGCCUCAUGCGUCAGGGGCAACCACGACGACCGCGUUCUCCUUUCUGCCGCGCAAGCAGCCUCUCACUCUCAGCCCUCAAUCGAACAGGAGAAGUCCGCCGUAGCCGCCGCGCUAGGGAAGCACAAUCUCCGUUGGCUGCGCGAAUGUCCUGUGAUCCUCAACGUCGGCGACGUACCAGGCAUGGGUGAAAUCCUCGUCGCCCACGCAGGCCUCGUCCCCGGCGUUCCACUCGAGAGACAAGAUCCGUUCGAGACGAUGAACAUGCGGAGCAUCGACCUCGAGACACGCGUUCCAUCCGAGGAGCAUCCUGUGAAAGAGAAGGGCACUAUUGGCUGGGAGAUGUUGUGGAAUUACUACCAGAAAUCUCAGCCAUCGAAGAAGCGGCAGACGGUUGUCUACGGCCAUAAUAGCAAGCGCGGCCUUAACAUUCAGGAGUACUCUAAGGGCCUUGACACGGGCUGUGUGAAAGGAGGAAAGCUUACUGCGCUUGUUGUGGACUCGGGCGGAAGGCAGUCAUAUGUUAGUGUCGCGUGUAAGAAGAGGGGAGGUUAUAAGUAG